AUGCAUCGGGUUAAACUUCUCGCCUGGGCCUACCUCUUUUUGAUAAUGGCCAACGACGUCGUCCUGGCGACGUAUCAUUGGCGGAUCAGCGACGACGAGAAGAAGAUCGAGGCCGUCGUGAGAUAUUUUUUUACUCGUUUUCCAAUGCCGCAGCUACCAGAAACCAAAGUGGAAGAACACUCCAAGCCUUGUGGCUUCCAUGUAGAUCCUUCAAAAACCUCAUCGAACUGAGCUGGAGAUGUUCAUUUACAAAAGCCGUCUCAGUUUGACACGCCGUACGCUCUGGCGGUUCCUGGGGCACUCGUCGACUUUGUACGACAGAUGGAGAAUGUGCGCGACUACGGGGAGAGCUACACCCAACUGCAGCAGGCAAUGGUCGCCUUGCCCCAUUGUUCAGUUUUCAUUGUUCAGUUCAGAGAAAAAUAUCGAGUCGCGAGAAAAUGGACGAUCCAAAUUUUGAAGCAACCUUCCGAAUAAGCGAACAAAGCUGUCUGUGAGUUCAAUCAAAGCUAUAAAUUGAAAGCUUGGGGCGAAUUUCAGAAAUUCGCAUGGAAUCCCUCUCGAGCCCCAGAGUUUCCACACGUCUUACUCGGCAGAACUGUGUCCCGAGUUUCACGAAACCUACCGAGGGUCCGUUCGACUCGAAUCGUUUCUUCUGAUUCCAACUUUCCAGGUACACAACUUUCCUGAAGGAGUACUUCGACACGCCGCCAGACAACGAGAAACGGCCGCCGCGCUGUCAGUACUGGUUCGACGCGAUGCGGAUGAAAGGCGCCUAUCACAUCGUCUGUCCUUCUUCUCACAUUCUGCUGAAACUGUUCCUUCAGGACUUUUCGGUGCUGAAGAUCAAACCGCAGAACGAGUCGCCGGAUCCUGCUUACGCACACAUACUUCAGCGAUUUUUCCCCCAAUUUUUGAAGUUCGAUCCAAAAGAUCCGAAGCCGUUUGCCGUGGCUUUGGCGAGCAUGCUGUCUCAUCACGAUGAGGUACAGCUAUCCCCUUUUGGAUAUAGCGUGAGAAUAUGAGAAUCCGUCCAGAGAGUUUCCAACAACCCUUACCUGCACAUGGCGGCGGCGGCUUACUGGAGGUCGCUGGGAAGACUUUCCGAAGCCCUCGACUGCUACCGCUCCGGAGUCCAUUUCAUGUGAUUUCCAGUUUGACAUAAUUUUUUCCUUUUUGGUUAGCUUUCAAAUUGAAAGAUAUCAACUGGAACGGGGAAAGCUAAACGAUAGAAAAUUCAGAGCAAUUAACUUUUUUUCGUGGUUUCCCAGAUCCGUUUAAAUAGACAAUUUAAAAAAAAGAAAUUGAUUUGAACCGUCAUUGGCAGAUUUGUGAGUAGCCGUCUUUCCGAAGAAUGAGAUCUCUUUUCAAACUGUCGUUCUUCCAGACACAAGCCACGCCGUGUAGAACACUCGAGGUUCUUCUCCGAAUUCGGCAAAGAAGCCAUAACCCUCGCCACAGGAACCCUGCUCACACGCGUCGGAUUCGCCGACGUUGCACAAGUUAUUUUCGAGGUCUCCCUUCCCUUUCUUCAUCUUUCAAAGAUAUUUUAGUAUUUUCGAGACGAAAAGGCGUCACCAAAGUGCUACAGAGCCAUGGCUCUGGGAGCAGCUGGAGACGCUUCUGUGCUAACAGGUGAGAUCCGAAGAGCUCUGAGAUGAGGAAGUGGAGGUCCAGGUCCAGAAGACGGCUCUCGGAAAGGCUUCCGAGAUGAAGCCGCCCUUUCGAAACUGAGCGAAGAGGAACGAAGCAGCAUGUUCGCGCCGGCGCUUCAAGACUACGCCAAGGCUUUGCAGCUUAUCCAAGUUCGAUUUCUAUAUUGCCAUUUUCGUCUUGAAUCGACUUUUCGUUGAUCAGCGAUCAAAGAGUUAUGGCCGUCUUUUUUCCAACCUGUGACGGUGAAGUUGAAACAAAAGUUUUUUAUUUAAUGAUCUCUCGCUCAAGACGAUAUUUGAUGUAGCUCUCACACUAUUAACGGAAAAACGCACGAAAAAAACUUUUUUUUUUGAUUUCGUUUUUUGAAAGUAGUUAGUAAGAACUCUCAUGAAAAACUUUUUAUUCCAGAAAAAAACUUCAAAAAAACAGUGUCAUUUUAUUUUUUUGUCUUUUUUAUACCCGGAAAUAUAUUCAAUUUUUUUUUUGAUGUGUUUUACGAAGAUCUUGAAGUCUCUCUAGCAAAUUAAAAACUUUUUCAGCACUGUAUGUUGUCUAUAAGCUCGAACUGAAAUGGCCUUAGGUUUUAGAAGUGAUCUUUGAACGAAUCUUUCGUGUUUAAAACCCAGAAUUGUGUAUCUUCCUAUUUUAACAACACUUGAGAAGGUACAUUUUUCUGAUGUUGAUAUUCACUCCAACCCGGGCUGGAAAUUUCGUUUCAGCAACUGCAAGCUAGGGGCAAGGACGGCGAAGCGCUGCAGGCGGCCAAAGAAGCGACGACCGAGAAAUCGGCACUCCUCUCUUGUCACAUAAAGCUCACUUACGCGCUCGAGCACCAGAAGGUUCAGCUUUUCCCCUGCAUAAUUUCUUCUUUUUCUCUCAGGAGAACCUCGACAAACUGGUGCAAGAGAAGAACAGGUUCAACGAAGUCUAUACCAAACAGGUGCGAGCUCUCAGUCUCCUGUCAUUCUGCGGAACUUUCAGAAAGAUGUAGAAGUGAGGAUGCUGAAGUUGGCAGCGAGCCACGGCCUUCAUCGCGUCCAAAAAAUGUUCUACGAAAGUAUCAAAUACGGCUACAAUCCUCGUUAGCUAUUUUCCUUCGAAUGUCUUUGUAUACUUCAUUGCAUUUCUAGUUGUUCCUCUCCAAUAAGUUAGUGACACUGUCCUUGAAAAAACAUAGACAACUUUUUUUCGUCCAGAAAGGUAUAAUCUUUCUUGGACAUAAUUACGGAAUGCGAAUGGAAAAGUUUCACGGUUUGAGUUAAUUGCGUAUUUCUGAGCUGAUGGGGUCACAAAUAUUCACAAUUACUGUUUUGAGGUCGGAUUUGCAAGAUGGCUUACAUAAACCGUUUCCCGCAAACUAAACGACGCGAGAACCUGGCUACCUUUGUCGUUUGCGAGGUUUUUUGCCCCUCUUAAUGUAUGAAAUUGGAGAUCUAGGCGACUUCGGAAAAGGCCUACGAGGAGUCGAUGGUGGAACAACGGAAACAGACUCUGGUCGGCCGGCCGCCGGUCAGAACUUGUGUCGUCUCUCGGAUUAGUCCUUCUUUGCAGCAGAACGAGUCUUCCUGGAGAGUGGCCGACGUUUUUCCUCGCAACAAAGUCUACGAGAAAAAACUCGAGGCUCUGAGGGCCCAAACGCUGAAAGUGCCGCAGAUGCCACGCAAAUACCCCAAAGAGUGAGAUAUUAAAUGGCGCUUUUACAAUUAUUUUGUCAAGAUGAAGUGAUUUACUUUGAAAUGAGACCUUUUUAAAUGCAAAAGAACUCUUGGAACUACAGCAGAAGCUCUUUUCGAGAAAAAAAAAACUUGAAGAGCUUGUUUUUCAGAGAAUCAUAUUCUUUUCGCAUCAUUCAGAUGUGGGUAGCCUUUUUUGAACUCUAUUUUUCGCUUCAGUGACCGGAGUUAAUGUGGAAAGAGGCUUUUUUUUAUUUUCAAAAUGUUUUUUGAGCAAACUGUGUUCAGGCUGGAAAAAGACCGCGAAAGGCCGUGGCGUCGCGUGGAUUGGCCCAACAGCGUCGACUGCCAGGCGGUCGUCUCCAGGUCGGAUCCGUUCCGUCUUGAGACGUUCCCGCAAGUUUUCAUAUCUCCCGAACAUCGUGGCUACAUGUAAACCUUCGUUUUUCUGAAAAGUGUGAAAAAUCUCUCCUAGAGUCUCUGAGUUUGUCACCAAGUUCAUCGGCCUCGAAGCCAAUGAGGAAUUGCCUCUCCCUUGGUUCGAACCUCGAUGCGACUCUGUCGAAGACGUCACUCUUGAGGCUUUCAAACGGGUGAAAUAUUCACUAUUUUCUUGCAAAAAUGGAGUAAACUACUUUUUUUCAGUUUGAAAGCUUGAAUAGGGUUUACGACAAGGAAAUGGACCGAAGUGACCCAACAGUCGCGGAGAAGAGGUUAUUUUUCUUGUUUGACUCUGGAAUUUUCUUUUUAGCUUGAAAACGGUACUGGUGCGCUUGGCCGAUAGAAUCAUUGACGAAUACGAGAUGGGCGGUCGAAUCUGGACUCUGAUAAACUAUGUAAGUACCUUCUGAGCUUGAUCCACAUGCUGGGACUUUGUAGAAAAUCGGACCGCAGUGGGUCGCCUACAACCUCGCAGGACUCUAUUGGCGCGUCCAAGGCAACGCCUACCAGGCCAUCAGAUGUCUCUCUCAGGCGGUCAGGGAAAGUGUGAGGGGAAGCUCUCUCGAGAGUGAAAAAAACAGGGACGAAUCUUUGCAGCCGACCGAAUCAUACAUAGCCCUGGUGCAAAUGUCUCAAGUCUUCUUGCGAGCCACGAGGUCGGUGGCGGACUCCCACGAGUUCCUCCAAAAGCAGUUCUCUCCAUUUCCCUAUCGAGACGUCGGUUUCGAGGCCGACUCCUCUCCUCAAGCCUAGUUUUUUCAGCCCUUGUUUUACUACGUCCAAGGCCGCAUGAAGUUGCUCAUGCACGACGUCGACAAGGCAAUUCAACACUUAAAGGUGGGAUCUGACAAAAAUAUCAUAGCUUCUGGAAACCCUGACAGCCUAGCCAUGAACGAACUAGACAGCUAUCUUCGAGUAGACUUUGGACGAAGCUUCAUAUUUAUUGUCAGUAAUAGUAAUGAAAAAGUUGAUGAAAGUUAUUUUACCGACAUCGAGAUGACUGAAAUUAGAUUUUGAUUUGAAUAAAGCUUGGUGAAAGGAGGAUUCAGGAUGCCAUGGAUAAGAACCCAGACGACGAAGUCAUCGCUGAAGACUUGCUCAAAGUCGCUUGCAGUGGAAUGGUAGGAACCAGAGACUUUUUGCGUCAAAUUUCAUGAAAUCCAAUUUGAACUCCAACAGUUUUGGUAGACAAUGGAAAAAAAAAACAAUUAUUCAAUUGACGGUUGCACAUUCAAGUUUCGUAUGAUGCAGAUGACUUAGAAUAAAUGAAACGAAAGCGGGUUUCAACCUGUUUUUCAGUCGACGAAACCCGCCAUUUCUUCCAAGUACCCCACCGUGUGCUGCUCUCCACUCGUCCAGAACGCCGUUUGCAUUCGAGUUUGUCGCUUAUUAGGCACCACAAUCAAUGGGAAGUUCAGCCACGGGAAAACGCUCCUGAGCAGUGCUACGUCAUCGAAACCGACGCCAAACUGGUUCAGCACGGCAGACUCGUCUACCACCGCUGCAACGGCGUCUACACAGUCCUUUCCGCCAUUUUUUCUGUUCAAGAUAUCAGUUUCAGGGAGUCAGCAAGAAAACUUCCGACUACGCCAACAUCGUUUCGCCUUUCUUGCCCGUUUUCAACACCGGUAAUUUUUUUUUCUCUUGCCUAAAAGUUUUUUGUCAGAAGUGACAUUUUGAAGCUUCGCCACAGUUUUUUAAUAUUUUAGAACCAACUUGACGUUAAUCAAUAUUUUGCUCCUUUAAGAGGCUCUUUUGCUUUAUUUUUUUAUUCACAAAGUUCAAAAAAAGCGCUUUCAACUUUCAAAAGAAAAAUCAGUUUAUGAUUUAGAAAAAAAAAAUCGAAAGUUGUAACAUGAAUCAUGUUUAAAAAAAUACGACGUCCUCAAACACUAUCAGAUUUCUGUAGCUUCAAAAUUCAAGCACAUUUUUCUUCUUUUUUUAUCUUUUUGCAUAUUGGAAAGUUAAUUGUCAGAGAGAACAUUUUGGAGUUCACAAAAUCCUUCCCCAUAGUUUAUUUAAAUAUACUAAAUUUUUUUGAGAAAUUUUCUUUUUUUAAAAAUUUCAUUUCAUCUCAAAAAGUUCGCUUCAAAAUAUGUAGUUGAAAAAAGUUAUCUUUCCUACAGGAAAGUUUCAAAGUUUUUGUCUUUUCAGUUUCGCGAAAAGACGACUUGUCAUACUGGAUCGACGACGCAGACAGCAUUCAGACAGUGGAAAGCAAGGAACUGCCUCUGGACUACGGAGGAACUCAGUCGUUUUUCGCCCAACGGCCCGCAGAAUGGUUUCCUUCUUGGGGUCGAUGGCUCAGAAAACCUGCCAUUCAGGUGGAUGAACGCCAAGAGCGAGAUGCGCUACGAAGUGCAGCACGUGGAGAGCGACGUCGACGAGUGGGAAGAAGAGGUGGAUUCGGAUCUGGCCGUCGUGCCUCCGGUAGGCCCGCUUUUUCCGAAGUCCGCAUUUGCCUGGCCGUUGAUAGAAGCCGCUGUCUUUCCUUUGGAUUCGCGAGAAGACGCUCAUGUUGAACUACGACGCGAAGGCUCCGUCGCAUCUCCCGUCUCCGUCGACCCAUCAGAUCCGUCGUGGAGUCGCUGUCUUCCCUCCGCCCAGAGUCAACACCAACUCCUGCAACGGCGUCAGCAAGGUUGAGUCCCAAUUAAUUUUGUUUGUCGUUUCCGAAAGACAAGGGAGAAAGAUUUGCUCGUGCUCGCUUUUCUUCGACAGUUUUUUUUCUCCUUUUUUCGUAUACUAAAUUUCGAAGUUAAGUUGGAGGUUUUGUUCGACAACGCGCCUUCGACUUGGGUGUCAGUUACGGCGAAAGGCGAAGACAUCGAGAAGUACGUGGAUUUGCGAGGUCCGAUUCCAGGAAUCGCUUCCUUGCAGCCGGUCUGCCCCUUCAUAGGUUGCCCCCUCUGACUCUGAAGUCCAACUGUUUCUGCAGACAAAUACGAGAAUUCGCCAAUCCUCGGCCUCGACCACAUUCCGGCGUUCGCCCUCAGUGACCAGUUCCUCUUCUACAAACCUGAGAAGGCGCUUACUGACGUAUGCUUUUUUUUCUAGAUAAUUGAAAAUAGCUGUUUGCGAAAAGUUUACUGUGGGAUAUUUUUUAUUUUCAAUCAACCUCUUGAUUCGCAAAUAUAAACUUUGGCGUGAGAAAAUUAAUUUUAUACAAACCUCCAUUUUUUUUUGUUUCAAAGUUAACUUUGUUGAAAUGAUUUUUACUAGUAUAUCUCAACUAACUUUUCUCCGAAAAAUCGGAUUUUGAAUAUACAUUCUUUCUCAAUUCAUAAAAGUUGGAGGUGUUCAAGUCGACGGAAUAAUUACGAAAAAAAAGGUUUUCACUUCGAAUAUGCCUUUUUUUGAGAUGGUUUUCUGAACAUAGUUCUUUUCGACCCAACAUUCUUUUAGCCUCUUUUUUGGAAGCUUUGGACUUCGCUAAGAUAGUGUUUCUUUUUCUCUGUGCGAGGGUAAUAGCGUGUGUUGCGGCCUCUCGCCUGCAGAGAAUGCAUGGCGUAGUGCCUGUGAGCGCCUCUAUGACCAGACGGGUCGCGAGUUCGAAUCCUGUGCGAUGAUGAGAAUUUGAACUCUCUCUCCUAAGAAUCCUGAGGUUUACCUACAUUAUCAGAGCACUUUUUUUCUUCAAACCUGACAAAUUUAUAAUGAAAGUUUUCUAUUUAUCAAUCGUUAAUAAUUUCAGAAAUAAUAGUUUUUAUAAUAAACGCAACUCCAAUUUUUUCACUGCUCUUUUGCAAAACAUUUUAAUCUAAAAAUAAAUCUUUAGCAGAACAAAACACGAAUAUAGGCCAUUCCGCGCUAGCUUGUCACGUUUUUCGUUCCGCCAAAAGGCCAGGUCAAAUUUAACCAACUUUCGCUUCAAGACCUUUGUUUCUAGCCGUUAUAAAAUCUGAAAUUUUAUCUAAUUUGGUAUACGGUCUUUUGGCGGAAAGAAAAACGUGACAAGCUGGCGCGGAAUAGGCUAUAUCUUGUUUUGAUUUUCAACUUUUAUUAUGUUUUCUGAAAACAGGCUCUGAAAUCCCUUGGUAACGAGCGAGACUCGAUCGAACACGUAGCUGCACGUCUUCACACGGCGUUGCUCGCCAGUGGCGCUGGUUCCAGUGAGUUCAAGUUGAGAACUUCAGAUCGAAACCCAAAAUUCAGAUGGGAAGAGAGUCAACUGGCUUCUGUGUGUCCUGUCUUCGUUGUACUGGAGAGUUUCCGGAGACGCCGAGAACGCGAUGAAUUGUCUCCGAUGCGCUCUUCACUCUGCCCCUCCUCAAAUGCGUGACGUCGCUCUGGUCAGUCCCCAUAAAUAUCAAUUUUUUCACUAUCUUCCGUCAAUUUUUGUCAUCCAAAAAGCAGCGUGAUGAUAUAACCAAUCAAGUAGCCCUUUCUGUGUGUUUAAAGGUACAGAAAAUGUGCUCGACGGGAAGUAUAACAAUCGUCUGAAAAGCUUCUCGCGGCUUCAAAUAACAACGCUUCGAAUUUUUUUUUUAAUGAACUGAAGUACAGAUUAACAAAAACUCCCAAGUUUUAGGUUUCGCUGGCAAACAUCUGCCACCAGGCGGGUCUUCUCAACUCGGCGCUCAUCGCCGCCGGCGCAGCGCUGACGACAUCGCCGACUCUUGUCGCGAUUCACUUCACUCUCGCCAAUAUCUACGCUUCCAUUGUGAAUUCAAGCUAAUCUUAUAAUAAUCGUUCUCGGUUCAGGGAGACUACCAACGGGCUCUCGAGUUCUAUUACUCAACACUUUCUCUUCAGUCCAACUUCCUCCCAGCUAAAGAACGUAUACGUGCCAUCUACUGUAACUCUGGACAAAAGUUCGAUUUCCAAACAGCAUAA